AUGGAAGACCUCAGAGCAACCUUCCUGCCCUCUCCCUCUCCGGGCUUCAUCACUCAGAAAGAGCAAGUUAUUUCCAAACUCCCGAUCUCGGCAACAGUCGCCGAAGUAGAGAUCAGAGCUCCCCAAGUUCAAGAAGAAAUUAGCGAUAUCGAUGCGUUCCUCAGAGACAGCGACAGUCUCAAGUCACUCGUUAUUCAGGAUGGGCCACCAGUUAUCAAGCCGAGGCCGUAUCAGAAAGAGAUGUUGGAGGAGAGUCUGAGGAGGAAUAUUAUCGUUGCCAUGGAUACUGGUUCGGGGAAGACGCAUAUCGCAGUUAUGCGCAUGCAGCAUGAACUUGAACGAAUUCCAUCGCAUCAGAUCAUAUGGUUUCUUGCUCCAACCGUUACUCUUUGCGAACAACAAUACAAUUACAUUUCUACUCAAAUCGCUCAGGUCCAAUCAAGAUUCCUUUCUGGGGCAGACAAUGUCGACAGAUGGUCCGAACAAAAGCAAUGGGAUGCUAUUCUGAAGAAUGUCCGGAUCGUUAUCUCAACAUAUCAAAUCUUGCUGGAAGCUCUCAGCAAUGGUUUCGUGCCUAUGGAGUCUCUUCCUCUGAUCGUUUUUGACGAAGGUAUACCAUAUGUCACGAAUGAGUUGUCAACGUAUGCUAAUCUAGAAGUACACAAUUGUGUCGGCAGACAUCCUGGAGCGAAGAUCAUGUCCGACUUCUACCAUCCACGCAAAAUCUCCGGUCAAUCACUUCCCCAUAUUUUGGGACUCACCGCCUCUCCAGUCAUGCGAUCGAAUCCGCGCUCUCUGAUUGAAAUUGAGAAAGUGAUGGAUUCUAUAUGCCGAACUCCGAGCAAACAUCGCGCGGAACUCCGACUCGAAGUAAAGCUGCCAGUACUGUUGCAGAUAUCUUACCAAGCAGCAACGACUUUUACACCUUCGAAGUCACUCGCCAGUCUUAAAAAAGCAUUUGUUGAUAUGAAUAUCAUGGAAGACCCUUCUUUUUUAAGUUUGCUGAAAGACAAUUCAGAGAAAGGCCGGGCAAAGGCGGAUAAAGUCCGAAUGACUGGUAAGACCUGGUGCUCAAAUCAAGUUAAAUCAUUUCAUAGCACAGCAAGCAAGAUCAACGAAGAAUUGGGGACGUGGGCCGCAGAUUACUAUAUCGCACAGGUCGUUGAGAAAAUCAGAAAAGCCGCGACGGGAUCCCAGAAGCAUGGCAAUAUAUGGGAUAUUGAAGGCCCUGAAAAGCAGUAUCUCGCCAGAGUAUUGUCAGGAGUCGAGACGACCCAGCGUUCUAGUCUCGGAUUUGAAGAUCUAGGCUCAGUGAGCGACAAAGUUGACAAGCUGGUUGAGGUGCUUCUGCAAGAACCCACUACCUUUCAAGGUAUCAUCUUCGUUCAGGAGAGGGCUUCUACCUCAGUAUUGGCACACGUGCUUUCGGUGCAUCCAUCGCUAUGUGGCAAGUUCAAUAUCGGGACUAUCGUUGGGACAUCCGGACACUCCCAACGCUCCCGUAACAUAUCCGAACUUGUGGAUGUUGGGGAACAGAAGCAUACCAUCUCAAAAUUCAAGUCUGGCAAGAUCAAUCUGGCUAUCGCAACUACUGUCUUAGAAGAGGGCAUAGAUGUUCCUGCCUGCAAUGCUGUCAUAUCCUUUCAACCACCGGCAAACCUCAAGUCGUUCGUACAGAGACGGGGCCGUGCGAGACACCGAGAUUCCAAGCUCAUUCUCAUGCACUCGGAUAGCGACAAGAUUGUGGGCUGGCAACAGCUCGAGGCAGACAUGAGGCAAAUGUAUGAGGACGAAAUGCGUACCCUGCAGGAAGAGCUGAUGCUCGAGGAUGCCGAUGAGGCUGGUGUCGAAACUUUGAAGUUUCAAGUGGCAGAAACGCAAGCUCUACUGGAUUUGGAUAAUGCCAUCCAACAUCUGUACCACUUCUGUGCGAAACUACCACGAACUGCUUAUGUUGAUCCUCGACCGGAGUUCCUUUGCACCCAGCUGGGUGAUGACAUCCGAGCCAAGGUAACUUUACCACUUUGUGUCGAUCACAGUGUUAGGGUUACAGAGAGCAGAUUACCAUGGAAAACUGAGAAGAACGCUAUGAAGGAUGCUGCUUUCCAAGCAUACCUUGCACUCUAUUCGGCCAAACUCGUCAACGAUCAUUUACUGCCGACUCUUACUCAUGACGAUCUCCUCACUGAAUUGAGAACUUCACCAACCGAUACCCGAGCCUCGCUAGUGAAGGUCCGAGAGCAACUGAAUCCGUGGGUCGAGGUUGCAAAGGAAUGGAAAAAUAAUCCUGCAGAGGUGCAUCAAGCGACAAUCGUCUCCGAGGUUCUAGAGAUUUCAAUGAUACUUCCAGUACCGAUUCCCCAGCUGCCCCCUUUGAAGGUCCAAUGGGACUCUACUACGGAGCUCUCAUUGCACACAACUGCGGAAAUCUUGAAAGCGCCAACGAAGUCGGACACUUGGGCACUUCUGCAGUCUGCAUUUGGCUCCAGAUUUCAAAUCAGACAGGUUCCACACGUCGUUGAGUUUUCCGUGCCUGGUGAAGACUUGUCAUAUUUGAUGGGCAGGCAAACUGUACAAUCUUCAAAGUUUCAUCCCGGUUGUGGCCUGAUCAGAGACAAGUUGGAGCCUUUCUCAGCUUAUACUUUCCGAGAACUUCUUCCCACGAAGCCAGACAUCGAGCUUGUACAAAGCCCGUACAAGGGCUAUGAAGAAGCCCCGAACACGCCGCACCUCUCGCUUAUCAAGGUACCUCGACGUUCAAACUUCGUGCAAAGACUGCCAGAGCCACGCAGUCAAUCAAGCAAGCCAUAUUCCACCGUGGUACCACUAACCAGAUGUACAGUGGAUGACAUGCCUUUCAAAUAUUACCAAUUUGGUCGGCUGAUUCCAGUGGUUAUGAACCACUAUGAAAAGUAUCUCCUUGCUUCUUUACUAUGCAAUACGAUCCUGAAAGAGAUCCAGAAUUUGGAUCUCAAUCUUGUUGCUACUGCUAUCACCGCAUCCAGCGCCGGUGGUGAAACUAACUACCAAUGUCUGGAAUUCUUUGGAGACACUGUCCUCAAGAUGUGUACAUCAGUGCAGCUCAUGGCUCAAUACCCGCUUUGGCAUGAAGGAUAUCUAUCAGAAAUGAAAGGCCGAAUCGUCAGUAACUCGAGUCUAUACACUGCUGCUACGAAGUCUGGUUUGGACAGAUUUAUCAUUACAAAACAGUUCAAUGGGCAUCAAUGGCGGCCACUUUAUGUUGAUGAUGCCUUGAAGAUGGCUACCGAUGGGGAAAGAGAGAUGUCUUCCAAAAUUCCUGCUGAUGUUGUUGAAUCGCUCAUUGGAGUAGCUAUGCUUGAGGGUGGAAUUCCAAACGCUCUAGCUUGCUUACAGACGUUCCUCCCACGCCAGGACUGGCAGUGGGAGUCACUCGAAGUUCGCAGAGAUACUUUGUUUCAGCGAACACCAGAUGUCCAACUUCCUCCUACUCUGCAGCCUUUGGAGGCACUUCUUGGAUACUCAUUCCAGAACAAGGGACUUCUUCUUGAGGCAAUAACACAUGCGUCAUGCAAUUCUGGCUCGGCAUCCCUCGAACGACUCGAGUUCCUUGGGGACGCAAUCCUUGACCACCUGGUCGUCACAAAGCUGUGGGAUUACAAACUCUCUCACAUCAAAAUGCAUCUCAUGCGCACAGCUCUCGUCAACGCUGACGUCCUCGCAUACCUAUGUAUGGAGUUAUUCAUCGAGCAAGACCUUGUGGAUCUUCUCGCAGAAAUCGACGGAAACUCACCUCAAAUCACAGAGAUCCACAAGACUACCAAGCUUGCCCUCUGGCAGUUCAUGCGCCACACUAGUCCUCACAUCGGCACUGAGCAGCACGCUACCUCUCUCCGUCACGCAAUCAUCGGGCCCAAUAUCCGCGGUGCUUUAGAAACGGGUACUCACUACCCCUGGGCCUUGCUCGCUAGGCUUCAAGCUCAGAAGUUUUAUUCUGAUAUUGUGGAGAGUCUUAUUGCAGCUGUCUGGAUCGAUUCUGGCUCGUUCGAGACGUGCAACCAGCUCGUCGAGCGUAUUGGGAUCUUUAAGAUCAUGCGUAGGAUGUUGGAUGAGGAUGUCCAGGUCUUGAAUCCGAAAGAGGAGCUGGGUAUGCUGGCAGACACGCAGAGAGUGAAGUAUGUGGUUGCUCUGGCUCCUGUUGUUGUUGAAAGUGGAGAGAGUGAAGGUUCGGAGAAGGUGAAGAGAUUGGCUUGCAAGGUGUUUGUUGGUGACAGGGAGGUAGUAAGUGUUAUUGAUGGGGUAAGUGUUGUUGAGGUUGAGACGAGAGCUGCGGAGGAGGCUGUUAGGAUCCUGAAGGCGGAAAAGAUGGAAGGUGUUGAUAUGCUGGAGUUACAGGGAGAGGGAGAGAUAACAGUCGGUGGGGACGAAGACGAUGAGGAGGAGGAGGGCAGCGGUGUUAGGAUGAACGGAGAUGUGGGGGAUGUCGAGAUGGAUGAUGCUUGA